AUGAUUGAGCGCUUUUUGGGUAUUGAGCAUGUUGCUAAUACGAAUGCUCCGUCACUUAAACAAGCUAUGGAAAAUUUAUUCUCCAGACUUGGAUUGAGUAUUUCUAGAUUGCGGGGUCAAGGACAUAAUGGGGUUAGUAAUAUGCAAGCCGUGGCAAAGAAUCAUAAUCAAAUUGCUUUACUUUUCACUUUGGUUUCUAAUGUGGUGAAUGUUGUCGGAGCAUCAUUUCAAGAACUAAAUGCUCGUUUCACUGAGUCGAACACUGAUUUGUUACUUUAUGUGGCAUGUUUAAAUCCAUCUAACUCUUUCUCUAGUUUUGACAGGAAAAAGUUAAUUCAUCCUACUGAAUUUUGUCCCAAAGAAUUUUCUUCAAUGGAGCUCAUGGUACUUAAUGAUCAGCUUGAUACAUAUAUUAUCGACAUGCUAUCCAGUAAUGAGUUCUCAAUGUUGAAUGGAAUUGCCGAUCUUGCUAAGAAAAUGGUAGAGACUAGAAGAGACAAAGUAUAUCCAUUGGUGUAUUUGCUCUUAACUUUAGCAUUAAUCUUACUUGUUGCAACUACUACUGUUGAGAGGGUAUUUUCAGCUAUGAAUAUUGUGAAGAAUCGGUUGCGAAACCGAAUGGGUGAUGAAUGGAUGAAUGAUAACUUGGUUGUCUACAUUGAGAGAGAUAUUUUUGAUGGCAUUGACAAUGAUGCUAUUAUGGUAAGAUUUCAAAAGAUGAAAACUUGUCGGGGUCAAUUGUAA